AUGAGUGGCUUCUAUCAGCAAUACUCGCCCUCCAUAGCGGGGAGAGAGGAAUCACCAGGUGCGGCCCCCCAGGAUGUUCAAUACCAAUCCCAACACCCACAGGCGCAGCUGGGCAACAUCGGCGCUCCUAUACCAAACCCGUACCAGAAUCUAGGAUAUUUCACUGGCUUUCCUGAUCCAAUUCCGUUCCAAGCGCCCAAAACCCAGGGCAACCGAAGCCGGAAGAAGUCCACACCUGGCAUGGAUCACGUCAAACACCGCCGAACUCGGUCUGGUUGCUUUACUUGCCGAAGUAGAAGAGUUAAGUGCGACGAAACCCGUCCUACUUGUGAACGCUGUCGCAAAGGAAAGAGAGACUGCGUGUAUCCAGAACCGGCGGCGCAAAAGGGAUCUGCUGGCCCGGGAUCAUCGAAGGACACAGCAUCGCAGAGUCAGGGAACGAGUCCAGAGUCCUCGCAAGACGAAGCGGAGGAAUUCGACCAAGAUGCAAAGCUCGAACCAAUCUUGGACGAGGAGGAGCCGGACGAAGGACCAUCGCAACCGCCAAGAUCCUUUUCGAGAUUGCGACGUGUAAAGACCAUGUCGACCCUGAACCUGCGAAAGAUAUCUACGCGACGGGGCUCCGAAACGCCUUCGCUUGAAGCCACCAAAAGCUCGUCGCCAUCUGUUUCUACAGGCACCACUGCCAGCUUCACAACUCCUUUCCACAUGGUCGAUCCAGCAUUACAGUCGAGCGCACCUCACAAAGACUGGUCCCAUCUUCCAUUAGACCUACAAUCUUACCUGGGCUACUUCUGCGAGAACAUCACUCACUACAACUACGGCAUGGUAAACGAUCCUGAUGACUUCUUCAGGGAAAUUUUACCAGGAAUCGCUUUACAAAGCGGCAACGACGCCUUGCUCUACGCUCUCGUAGGCUUCUCGGUUUACCAUCGUUCAGUUCAAAACCCGAAUGGCAAGAUCGAGGACUUCUUGCGCUACUACAAUAAGAGUGUCACAUUGCUUCUCAGCUGCCUCAAGGGAAAAGACAAUCAGAAUAUUGCGACACUACUGACAAUACUACAACUUGCUACCAUUGAGGAGUACUUGGGCGACUGGGUGAACCUUAUGGGCCACCAGAAAGCGGCGCUGGAGAUCGUGACACGAUUUUUCACACCUCAGACAGCUCAGCAGUCACCUACGAGCCGAAUGCUACUGACUUGGUACGCUAGGUUCGACGUUUUCAUUGGUAUGAUGGGAGGGUUCGACACAGGCCUACCGCGGGAAUACUUUUCCAUGGCGGUGCAAUUCAGUCAAGAACAAGUGGAUCAAGACCCGGAAGAUGUUGGCUGGAGAAUCGAAGUCCAAGCAGCGGCACUGCGACUAAUCUCCCUGGACAUGUCAGAUCUCUAUGCGAGAAGCGGUCGUGGUGAGAUGCCAAGCGCAUCUUUCGCGGAGGAGCACCGUCAUAUCACCUACCAGCUCCGCGAAUGGAAGAAUCAAUUCGAUCCUGCUUUGACGAACCCGAAAUUCUUGGUUACAGACUUCCCGCACAGGGACGUCUUGGGUCAGGAUGACAUAGUCGACCCGUACAAGGCAGGUUUCCUUUACAAUCACCCCUUUUUCCCUUCGUCGAUUUUGAUGGUGGAGUGGCACUCGAUCAAUGUGAUGCAUCAGAGUAAAGAAACCCCUAUGUCCCUCCAGGAGCCGUCAGACGAGCUGAGGCACUCGGCCCUUGCGAUAUGCGAGAUGUUCGAAACCAUCCAAUUGUGGCCCUCAACUCCAAACGGCGCCUUGAUCAUCGUUCAAGCUGGUCUGGCCAUAGCCACUCUGUUUAUACCGCGAGACGCACGACACCACAUGUGGAUCAGACGGAGGUUUGCAUUGCUUGAAUCACUGGGGUAA